GGCACAAGAAAUCAAACUCGGAAUGGAACACAGAUAUCCUAUUGAUAAUAACUAUAAUAUGGAGAAUUCGAACCGCCAAUUGGAAAAUUUAAGAUCCUUUGACAACUGGAAAAUUAUCAAAUAUGAUGAUAUAUUAUCACUUUAUGAAUUGUUGCCAGAUGAGUUAAAAGAAAAGAUAAAGCAGACUAUUGGUAUGAGAAUGCUUCACUCAGCCAUCUUACUUGUUACUGUACCAAAAAAUCAUGAUUUCAGAUUCCCUCUAGUGACUGAAGUUCUAACCAAACCAGAUGAAAUUUCAACAUUUAAAGAUUGUAAGAUUUUUGCUUCUGUCUAUAACGAGACAAGUAAAGAUCCUUUUCUCAAUACAUAUGGAAUUUACGUUUAUUAUCAACACAAUGAGGAUCCAUGCUUUGUUGUUUACCGUACUGGUUCACACAAAAUUUCUUCAAAAACUAAACUCUAUAUACCUUGGAUGAUAUUUGGAUAUGAUAAAUUUCCAACUAAACCAUUUUCAAAACUUGACAUGGAAUAUAUUGAAUAUAUUGGCACUACGGAAGAUGCAGAAACAGAUAUUAAGCUCAAAAUGCCUAUUAUACAAGCAUGUUAUAUACUUAAUCCUGUAAACUCUCCAUUAAAAGUUAAAUUUAAUUAUGUGGCUAUUUCAAAAAAUAAUAAAAACUAUAUUGGACAAACUAAUAAUGAAUGGAAGAGCAGGCAAAGACAUUUCUCAUACUUAAAAGGAAGGAGUAUUUUUACGGGUGAAAAGUGGAAUUUGCCUAAGGAUAAAAGAUUUGCAUUUGCAAGUAUUUUUUACACAGAUUCCGUUCCGAUAGAAAAACGUUACUUCUUACUUCUAAACAUUAAUCCAAAAUAUCCUAUAACUAAGUCAUUGACUGAGAUAACCGAAAACCCAAA